AUGUUGCUCAAUCCCAGAAGUGCUCACGACAUUCAUUGUAAGAACUUGGUUCUGAAGAUUGAUGAUACAGAGCCGACUAAAAUCUACAUGUGCUCAAAACUGUUCUGCCCUAUUAAAACUCCCAAUAAGAAAGCUUACUGUUUGUCUAGUAUAGUUGAGAAUUCUGAAUGUAGUUGUGGACAAGCAAUGGAUAAGGAAGUAUUUCUAGAAUACCAAGAGGGGAUCAUAGAUGGAAAUGGGGUAUUCAUGAAAGGAACAUCAAGAAUGUUUAUGAUCACAGAUGAUUUGCAUAUCACACCCGUUUCCAUGUCAGAUAGCCUUGCAAUGUUUCGGAAACUCAGAUUGGAAAGCGGCAAUGGCAUUGAAGUAAGGACUGUAACAGUCGAUGAAGAAGAGGUACUUUUAGAAUGCACCACCUAA